AUGCAAACAGAUUAUAUGACUAUGAACAAUUUUACAGUUGGCCGUAAAAUGAUGGAUGGUCAACCACAGGGCCAAGCACAGCAGCAGAUACCGGUAAGCCCACCACAGUUUAACUCACCACUACUUUCUGGUAGCAGUGGUAGUAGUGUUGAAUCUGAUACCCUAAGGUAUAAAAGUGAUAUGUGCAAGUCUUUUGAAGAUGACCUUUUCUAUUGCCCUCGUUCAUUGUUAUCUGCUCAAGAGCAGGUAACCUGCGAAAGAAUGGAUAUGUUUUUGGCUGAGCAGUUCAGAGAAUAUCAGCUACAAGCCCAAAUUACUCUAAGUACAAGACCAAAAUUCAACCCAUAUACAUCUGAAAGUUUUAACCCAGGAACCCACGGCCAGUGA